AUGGCAAAUGAGGGAAGCGCUGGUGAUACUUCAUUACCUGUGAGAUACGUAGACCCGUGCGAGUUCGACGUACAGAUCCGGUGGUGGCCUCACAACACCGCGUUCACAAUCGAGAGGUGGCUGGAGGUGUGGAAAGGAACAGCGAGUCCCCAUGAUGUGGACACUACCAAGCCUUCUGUUCAGCAACAGGUUCACCCAAACCUUUCAGCAAAAGAAGAUUCCCUCUAUUACAUUGAAGAGUUGAUAUUUCAGCUGCUAAACAAACUAUGCAUUGCUCAGCCACGGACUGUCCAAGACGUAGAGGAGCGCGUUCAAAAGACAUUUCCUCAUCCAAUAGACAAGUGGGCGAUUGCUGAUGCGCAGUCUGCUAUAGAGAAACGAAAAAGAAGAAACCCUCUCCUGCUCCCUGUGGACAAAAUACAUCCUUUAUUAAAGGAGGUCCUAGGUUAUAAGGUAGAUUACCAUGUCUCUCUGUAUAUUGUGGCUGUCUUAGAAUACAUCUCAGCUGACAUUUUAAAGCUGGCUGGAAACUAUGUUUUCAAUAUACGACACUUUGAGAUCUCCCAGCAGGACAUUAAAGUAUCAAUGUGUGCUGAUAAGGUUUUGAUGGAUAUGUUUGAUCAGGAUGACAUUGGUUUGGUUUCUCUCUGUGAAGACGAGCCCUCUUCUUCUGGAGAACUCAACUACUAUGACCUAGUGAGAAACGAAAUUGCAGAAGAAAGGCAAUAUCUGCGGGAGUUGAAUCUGAUAAUAAAAGUAUUUCGGGAAGCUUUCCUAUCAAACAGAAAAUUGUUCACACCUUAUGAUAUCGAUGUGAUAUUUAGCAACAUUUCAGACAUUCAUGAGCUGACGGUGAAGCUUUUAGGAUUGAUUGAGGAUACUGUUGAAAUGACUGAUGAAAGCAGUCCUCAUCCGCUGGCUGGCAGCUGCUUUGAGGAUCUCGCAGAGGAGCAAGCCUUUGAUCCCUAUGAAACCCUGUCCCAGGAUAUUCUCUCUCCACAAUUUCAUGAGCAUUUUAAUAACUUAAUGGCAAAACCUGCUGUUGCUCUCCACUUUCAGUCUACUGCUGAAGGGUUUAAAGAAGCUGUGCGAUACGUCCUCCCACGACUCAUGCUUAUCCCGGUCUAUCACUGUUUGCACUACUUUGAGUUACUGCAGCUUCUGAAUCUGCAGUGCAGCAUGGAGCGCAUUUACAGCAAACACUCCCCAAGACGUCGGCCUGGGGAGGCAGUCUGUCGCUUCUAUAACCGACAAAUAAGAAGCAAGCACUUGGCCAUCAAGAAAAUGAAUGAAAUCCAGAAAAAUAUUGAUGGCUGGGAAGGCAAAGAUAUUGGGCAGUGCUGUAAUGAAUUCAUCAUGGAAGGUGGCUUGACAAAAAUAGGAGCCAAACAUGAACGCCACAUCUUUCUCUUUGAUGGUUUAAUGAUCAGCUGUAAAACGAAUCACGGUCAGUCCCGGCUUCCUGGUUACAGCAAUGCGGAGUAUAGACUGAAGGAAAAAAUUAUCAUGAGGAAAAUACAGAUUAUUGAUAAGGAUGACACAUCUGAAUACAAACAUGCUUUUGAACUGGUGUCUAAAGAUGAAAACAGUAUUCUGUUUGCUGCCAAGUCUGCCGAAGAGAAGAGUAAUUGGAUGGCCGCUCUGAUUUCCCUCCAGUAUCGCAGUACUCUGGAUAGGAUGCUCGACUCGGUAUUACUGCAAGAAGAAAAUGAACAGCCACUGAGGUUGCCCAGCCCGAAUGUGUAUCGUUUUGUAGUGGAAGACUCGGAGGACAACAUUGUUUUUGAAGACAACUUGCAAAACAGGAAUGGCAUUCCUAUCAUCAAAGGAGGAACGGUUGUGAAAUUAAUCGAAAGGUUAACGUACCAUAUGUAUGCAGAUCCUAAUUUUGUACGUACUUUCCUUACCACAUACCGCUCCUUUUGCAAGCCCCAGGAACUGCUGAGUUUACUGAUUGAAAGGUUUGAAAUCCCAGAGCCGGAGCCUACUGAAGCAGACAGGCUGGCAAUUGAGAAAGGAGAGCAACCUAUCAGCGCAGACCUUAAGCGAUUUCGCAAGGAAUAUGUCCAGCCAGUACAACUCAGAAUAUUAAAUGUUUUUCGUCACUGGGUAGAGCACCAUUUUUACGAUUUUGAAAGAGAUCUGGAGUUGCUAGAGAGAUUGGAGACGUUUAUUUCCAGUGUCAGAGGAAAAUCCAUGAAGAAGUGGGUGGAAUCAAUUGCUAAAAUCAUCAAGAGAAAGAAAGCUCAAGCAAAUGGCAUUAGUCACAACAUCACCUUUGAGAGCCCGCCUCCCCCCAUCGAGUGGCACAUCUGGCGAGUGGGGCACAGCGAAUCGCUGGACCUCAUGACUCUGCAUCCUAUAGAAAUUGCUCGACAGCUGACGCUUCUUGAGUCUGACCUUUAUAGGGCCGUACAGCCUUCUGAACUCGUUGGUAGUGUGUGGACUAAGGAAGAUAAGGAAAUUAACUCCCCAAAUCUAUUGAAAAUGAUUCGUCAUACUACAAAUCUUACUCUUUGGUUUGAAAAGUGCAUUGUGGAAACCGAGAACUUUGAAGAGCGAGUGGCUGUGCUGAGUAGGAUUAUAGAAAUCCUGCAGGUUUUUCAGGAUCUGAAUAAUUUCAAUGGUGUGUUGGAGAUUGUCAGUGCAAUGAACUCUGUGUCCGUGUACAGACUAGAUCACACAUUUGAGGCACUACAGGAAAGAAAGAAAAGAGUUUUGGAUGAAGCAGUAGAAUUAAGUCAAGAUCAUUUUAAAAAGUAUCUCGCUAAGCUCAAGUCAAUCAAUCCACCCUGCGUGCCUUUCUUUGGAAUAUACCUAACAAAUAUUUUGAAGACAGAAGAAGGGAAUCCUGACUUCCUUAAAAGAAAAGGGAAAGAAUUAAUUAACUUCAGUAAGAGGAGAAAAGUGGCUGAAAUUACAGGAGAAAUUCAGCAGUAUCAAAACCAGCCUUACUGUUUACGGAUAGAGCCAGAAAUUCGGAAAUUCUUCGAAAAUCUCAAUCCUAUGGGGAAGAUACCGGAAAAAGAGUUUACAGAUUAUCUGUUCAACAAGUCAUUAGAAAUUGAACCUCGAAACUGCAAGCAACCACCUAGAUUUCCUAGAAAAACAACGUACCCCCUGAAAUCUCCCGGGAUAAGGCCCAAUACUGGCAGACACGGCUCCACCUCUGGCACCUUGCGAAGUCAUCCGUUGCCACUUGAAAAGGAACCCAGCAAGAUAAGUUUCAGUAGAAUCACUGAGGCAGAGCAUGAAUCAACAGUAUCGGCACCAACUUCUCCAAACACACCAUCCACGCCACCGGUGUCUGCUUCAUCAGAGUUCAGUGUAUUUUUAGACAUUGAUCUCAACAGUUCUUAUGGUAACAGCAGCAUCUUUGCUCCUGUCAGUUUGCCACAGUCGAAGACUUUCUUCAGCUCGUGGGGUAGCUUUCCUAAACUAAGUGAUGAGCCGCAAAACCCUCCUCCGCUUCCUCCACGGAAGAAGAUGGAUCAGGAUGCUUCUAAUGCUAAGGGAAGUUUGAAGUCGGAUGACGAUCCUCCAGCAAUUCCACCUCGGCAGCCGCCGCCUCCAAAGAUACAGCCUCGUGCUCCCGCUUACACUAACCCCUUUGAGCAGCCGCUGCACAGUCCUCCUCCUCCACCCCCCCGGGACCCUCUUCCUGAUACUCCACCACCGGUACCGCUCCGGCCACCCGAACACUUUAUCAACUGCCCUCUAAACCUCCAGCCGCCGCCGGUGGGACGCUUGCACAGAGAGCCUGACUGGUUGAGGGAGGCGAGCACAGGCCCCAGCUCUCCCGGCACUCCCCCCAGCACGCCCUCUCCCAGGGCGCUGCGCCGCUGCUAUGUGAUCAGCGCCAGUCACAACAACCUGGCCCACCCGCCUGCACCCCCGGUCCCACCCCGGCACAAUUCGAGCCCUCAGUUACCAAAACUGCCACCAAAGACUUACAAAAGGGAGCUCUCCCACCCUCCUUUGCACAGACUGUCUUUGCUAGAAAAUGCAGAAACUCCUCAAUGACCUUAGCCAUAGUAGUCAUUGACACUGGAAUAGUAUUUGUAAAGUUCCUCUUUUUUAUUUAUUCAAAAAAGGCAGUGUAUUCUAGUACUUUCACAAAUUACGCUCUUAAAGUGCUGCUGAUCAAAAAAAAAAAAAAAAAGUUUAAAUUGGAAAAAUAAAACUAGACACACUCUAGCCUGCGUCUGUUCGACAGCAUUACCCUCAGGUGAUCAGCAGCAUUGCCUUGUUUCACAUCCUCAGUGCCGACAGCUAUGCCAGUACACAAAAUAUAUCUUUUGCACUGUAAACUACACUAAAGGAAUUUAAACUGACGUCGUUUAAUUGCACUGAGCCAAAAAAGGUGCGUCUGUGGAAUUUUUUCAAAUUUGAGCACUAGUGGCCUUUUUUUUUAUUAUUAAAAAAAAAUAACCAGAACAAUGGGAUGAUUACACAACGCGAGGAUACACAGUGUUACUGAUUUUAAACCUCUGGCCACUUGCCUUCUAACUUUGCGUAAGCUCGGAGGUUCAUGAGUGACAGCUACUGUUCUCAAAUAUUUUAAUGCCGUGUCUUAAUUGCCAUUGAUUUGCUGCUGAAGACAAAAAAGAAAAAUAGGUUGGAAUCUAAAUACCAAAAUACUCAGUUGAUGAUUUUGAGAAAGGACGGACAAGGACUACCUGUCGCGGAUAGCGGAAAGGAUCCCUAGUACUUAGCAUGCAUCUUGUCCAGAUGUGCCUUUUUGUUUCGGUAGGCGAAGAUGUCUUAAGCUAAAGAGUUGUCUACUGUUCUGGAGAACAAAGCUAUAUGCCAUGUAUGUACAAUUGUUUAUAUUGUAUAUUUACAGAUAAUGCUAAUAACCUGUAUAAAUUUAAGUGACUCGAGGCCUAUAAUACAGUCUGCUACUCUUACAAUCUUUUACGGUCAGAAGUGUUUCCUCUGGCUUAGGAACAGUCUUGCCUUCCAAUCCUAGUAAUUUUCUUUAGAUCUCACUUAACUUAAUCCUGAAUCCAGUUUGGCAAUUGGUAGCAUUUAAACCAGCAACCACCUAAAGCUUUAUUAAACUUUUUAAACUGAUAAGUGAAUGGAACUUUUAUUUGCCAGUUGAACUACUUGUUUGAACUGGUUGUGAGAGUGAGUCUGUUUUACUGGUAGUACUGUAGCAGCAUUUAUAAAGUGGCCAGAAGCCACAUUUUAUUUACUGGUCUGUGGCCUUUUACUGUGCUUUGUAUCAGAGUUCUUAACAAGAUUAAUAAAUCACCCCAGUCUUAAUUUUUAAGA